AUGCGGUUAAUUCGUGUUUGUGUAGUGAAUUGCGACCUGCUUAUCAAACAGUCACUCGCUGAAGACUCGAAAGUUGGAGAAGCUAUAAAAUCUUUCAUGGAUAAAAGAAUGGACGGUAGGAUAGUUUUAUCGAAGAAACUUUGCUUGUUUAUAAACCAUGCAACCAUGUUCAAACCUUCGCGCUUGCUGUCGAAUUCUAAACUGGACCCGCACGCUUGAGUUAUAUAUAGUUCUUUAUAGUCCCUUCUAUUUAGGGACUUCGGUGGUGUAUAGUCUUCACAGAGCAAGCGCCUUUCAAGUUUGAGUUCGCGUGUUCGGUUCGUAAUUGUAACUUCCUUUACAUGUAGUACCAGAUGAUUUGAUCAUACCACUGCUCCGAAACAGACUAAGUCAACUUGAUUGUGUCACUCGAGGCUGGGUUCUACACGCUUUUCCAACGACACGAAGGCAGAGUGAAGGAUUGACUAAUCUUGGAUUUGAGCCUAACAGGUAAAAUAUGCUCCCCAAACUAAGUUUAUGUCUAACUGUUCUUCGUAGAGGUCCAAUGUGGGUUUUGCUUUAUCAGCACAGUGUUACUACAGGAGGAAACCAGAGUACUGAAAGGAAUCCUGCGGUAUGAGAGUCAAACGGAAGCGUUCUUCUCGUAUGUGAUUGGAACAUUUUAACUGGAUGAUCAUGUUAUUUCUUUUACGGAAUUUAUUAUAUCAUAGGGUGCUUCUUCUUGAUGUCCCAAAAGAUACCAUCUUAGAACGUUUAACUUUGCGCAGUACAGAUCCACAGACGGGCGAAAGGUUAGAAAUUUAUGAAAUAUGUCAAAUACUGAAGCCUGGAUUACACCAUUAAAGUUUCUGUGAUCACAGUAGCUAGGAAUAUGUAAAUUCUAGGUUUUGAAGGAUUUGUAAGAAAUAUUUGAGGGAGCUGACUCAAUUUUUAACACUAAGUCAGUUCUCUCAAGCAUUUCUUACAAAUCAUUCAAAACUUACAUACUGUAAUCGCAAAACUUUGAUAGCUACCUACUGUAAACAGGCCUUUUAGAUUUGUUGAUGAAAUCUACCUCUACAAAGGGAUUAUACUCUUGAUUUCAGGUAUCAUCUUCUGUACAAUCCACCUCGUACAAACGAAAUAAAACAAAGAUUACAAACAGUAUGUAUAUAUUAAAACUAAACUAACUUUAUUUAUGCUGGAUAGCUCUAUCAGUUCUAAACUGUUCUCCCUAGAGAUCCAGUAAGGAUCAUCUCUUAUUGAUCCAGUGUUACUACAGCAGGAAACCUAAACUAUAAACUAACUUUAUUUACACUGGAUAGCUCUAUCAGUUCUAAACUGUUCUCCCUAGAGGUCCAGUGAGGAUCAUAUCUCUUAUUGAUCCAGUGUUACUACAGGAGGAAACCCGAACUAAACUAACUUUAUACUGGAUAGCUCUAUCACUUCUAAACUGUUCUGCCAAGUAUAGCUACAACUACCAAAACCAUCUUGCUUGGUUGUGAGAUCCCCCAAAAUCCUGAGAUUAUGAAAGCCCUGAUUUACAUACAAUUCUUGAAUUCUUCUAGCAUCCAGAAGACCAAGAAGACAGGGUGACCGAACGUUUCCUUGCAUAUCAGGAACACGUCGAAGAUAUUGCGGAUUAUUACGAACGAUUUGCACAACACAUAAAUGCCGAUCAGGAUCCCCAUACUGUAUUUGAAUACAUUGAGAGUAUGAUCGUGAAUCCACUACCGCGAAAAGAAUAACACAGGACCUAGCUUCUCAUUUUUAUUUGAACUUGAAUAUAAUUGUAUAGACUCGGCAGAAGAUGAAAUUAUACAAUGUUAUAAUAGUUGUACUUAAUUGUAAAUUUCAUUUUAUCUUAAGACAUGUUAUGUAAAGUUUACAGUUUUAGUCAAAAUACUUAUUUUCUCUUAAAGGACUUUUUGUAACCUUUGUUUACAUGUAAAGUAAUGUUUGUG